GCUCGAGGGGGACAUGAAGGACGAUGGGCAGCACCUCUGGCGCCUGAAGCAGUUCUCACGUCCUGCCUUUUGCAACGUCUGCGAGGGGCUCCUGGUGGGGCUGCGGAAACAGGGGCUGCGCUGCUGCCUGUGCCGGUUCACGGUGCACGAGCGCUGCGCCCGCCGCGCCCCCCACAACUGCAUCAGCACCUACGCCAAGAACCGCAGGGAGGCCGAGGUCCAGGCCCACGUGUGGGUGAGGGGCGGCUGUGACGGUGCCAAGUGCAGGGAGUGCCAGAAGAAGAUCCGGAGCUUCCAGAGCCUGACGGGGCUGCACUGCGUGUGGUGCCACCGCAAGGUGGGGGGGCCCGGGGGCCCCAGUCCCCCCCCAGCCACCCUGACCCCCUUCCCC